AUGGAGGCAGAGAAGGAAAUAGGAUUAGAGAGUGAACAACAAGGAAAUAAAGGAAAGAGGAGGGAAAGCGAAAGGGAGAAGAAAACAAGAAGCAGGCCUACAAAGGCGGAGGAGCUUGCCAAACAAAGAGAAAGAUCGGACAGCCUAGGAUCGGUCAAAGAGUUCAUCCAGAAAAGAAAAAGAAAAGAGUUAGAAGAAGAAGCGGCGAGAGCUGCAGAGAUAGAAAUCCUCGAAAAAUUUAACAAGGAAAGAAGGGUCGACAGAUCACCACCAACUAAGAUCAAAAAAGAAGAAAGGGGGGAAGGAAGCAUGGCGACAGAAGAUUUGUUAAAAGAAAUUCUAAAGAAGAUGAACAGAUCGCCGCCGGCAAAAAUUAAAAAAGAUGGAGAAGGGAAAGAGAGCAUAACGGCGGAGGAAAUGUUGAAAGAAAUUCUAAAGAAAAUAGAGGAGCAGGAAAAAGAAAAAAAAAGAUAA